UGCAUCCCAUUGAGCGGGACUUUGAUUCCUGACCACUGAAACAAAAAAGUUUUGUGGUUUUCUCUAACAGCUGCUGCUUUGUUUACGAGCCAUGGCGGUACAGAUUGAAGCGGAUUUACCACCCAACCUUUCAUGUCUCAAAAAUGUUGACACCCUGCUUCGAUGUCCCAUCUGCUUCGACUUCCUCAAUAUUUCAAUGAUGACGAAAUGCUCUCACAAUUUUUGCUCCUUGUGCAUCAGAAAAUUUCUUUGCUAUAAGAUGCAGUGUCCAGUGUGCAAUACACAAGCAACAGAACAAGAUCUAAGAAACAACCGUUUACUGGAUGACUUGGUCGUGAACUUUAAAGAUGCAAGGCAGCAGUUGUCAAAAGUUCAAUUUGACUCUCCUCCAAUAUCGCCAAAGACCCCAGCUUCAGCCGUCAAAUGCAAAACUCCCAGACAGAGGGGCCAGAAGUGUAGCAGCUCUGAUCUGAGUCACUUUUUCCAAAAGAAGCCUAAAACGUCUUCCACUGAAGAAACUCAGCUAGAUGGGUCUGCUGCUAAGAGUGUUCAGUGGGGGAAAAGGCAAACUUCAAGCACCCACAAUGCAAAUGACACCGACCUACAUUCAGCAACUGCUCAUCUUCCAGUGCAUGUGAAGGAAGAGCCGAUAGAUGUGGACGAGGUAUCUAUCCAGGGUUUGAUGUCGGUCAAACAGGAGGCAGGAGUCUCAGGCAGCAUCAGCACCGCGGUUGAGAUGCCGCAUUCCUCGUCACCAUCAAAAGAUGUAAAGCCCGCAAUCAAAGUGGAGUGCCCUGUGUGUUCUGUUAGUGUACCACAGAAUUUUAUCAACAAGCAUCUGGACGUGUGUCUCAGCAGUGGAGAGAAGAAGGAAAGCUUAAGGAGGUUCUCCCUCCCCGCCAAGACCUCUGAUUGCAUCCUGGUUACAUCCUCACAGUGUGCCAAUGCCGGACGCUCCCUGGACCGGAUGAGGCGUCCAAUGACGAAGCUGGUGUACACCUUGCUCUCCAUGCAGGAGCUGAAGAGGAGGCUGAAGGAGUGUCAUCUCUCCAUGCAGGGUCCUCGAGACCAGCUUAUCAAAAGACACCAGGAGUUUGUCCAAAUAUACAAUGCCCAGUGUGAUUCCCUAAACCCAAAAUCAGCUGAAGAUAUUGCCAAAGAGGUGGAGGCCAAUGAGAAGAUGAGGAAUCGGCUGCAGGGGAAAGCCAAACCUGUCAUGGUAUUUGCAAAGAACCAGUCUGAGAAGGAGAUUGAAGAGAUGCAUUCAAAUUACAGGAAGAAGCACAGCAGUGACUUUUCCCGCCUGAUUGCCCAGGUUCGGGGUCGCAUGGACACCACCAGGCAGGCUCGUAUAAAACAGGAAGUCACUGUGGAAGGAGAGGAUGCACAAAAACCACACUCUGCAGAUCAAGUUCCAGAGUCAAAAAGCUGCUCAGUGAUCAAGGUAGAAGACACAGAAUCUGAUGAGGACUCAUCUGCGAGAGGGAUUGAAUUGUCAUCCAGCCCCACUUUGAGUGAUGUCUCCAUCAGCAGUUCCAUUUCAGACAUCUUUGGUCCAGAGCCUUCCAGAAACUCACAGGACACAGACUGGACCCCUGUCCGAAAGCGAACCACAAGAGGAGAUGAUGCAUCGUCAUCGCCUGUGAGUGGAAAACGACGGCGUAAAACAUGAGGAGAGAUGAAGAAAAG